AUGCAAACUCCUCCGAGAAAGUCAGAGAUGGUAUCGGCCAACGACCAAUCGCCCACCAAGUCGCCCACCAAGUCGCCCACCAAAAGAACACCAGGGAGACCCGGAACUCCAGGAACACCAGGGACGCCUCGACGAGCUGGAACCCCGGAAGCCGGUAGCACGCUCGUGAACCCUUCCUCCGCUCUCCUCCAAGAUCUGUUAAAAGAACAACGUGCCUGUCGAGGUUCACGGACAGCGACAGAAGAAAUGGAUGCUCAGGUGCCACGAACCCCGGAUCGUCCUUCCGCCCGGUCGCGAUCGCAGUCCCAAUCCCAAUCUCAGGACGAUACGAGCGAUAAACAGAAGAGGGUCAAUUCGGCUUUGUCAGCGGGUUUAAGACAACCGCGGGAAAUGGGUGUCAGGGAAAUGGAUCAGUACGUGUCCAAGAUGAACAAACAGAACUUUGACCUGAAAUUGGAAAUCUUCCACCGCACCCAGCAAGUUUCAGCCUUGGAAAAGAGGUUGGAACGCAUGGAGGAACUGGAAGAAGAGGUGAAGCGGAUACGUGCAUUGGAAGAUGAGUUGCAAGAGCUGCGCCAUGCAGAGGAGGACAACCAGCGGCUACGUGAGUCGAACGAGCAACUGCGGCAAGAGCUUGACAAACGAGACCAGGCAGUUACAGAGGCAGUUGAUCUCAUCUGUCAGCUAGAGACGAAAGUGGCUGAACUGGAGGCGGCAAACCCAUCAAGACCGUCCACGGCUCCCAGCGAGGGGCCCGAUGCUGCAACGCCGAGACAGAGUGCCUUUGUUGAUAUUCCGGAGAGAACGACGUCGAAACGAGCUACGAAGCUUGAUCAGCACCGCAAUGCAUCCCCCGAACGUCCUCAUCUUCAGAGCGCACCGUCUUUUCUCCGCGACGAAAACAGAACACCCGCCUUGCGCGGUCUAUACCUUCCCAGUGGCAACCAGUCACAGUCGGCCAUGAGUGUGAUUACGAAGAGUGAGAGCUUGAACUCCAUGAAUGAGAACGCAGAGCCUGCUUCCCCAAGACUGAGCGCCCUGAGUGAAUGCAGUGACCUGGUUCCCGAAGAAGUUUCUGUCCUACAAGAGGAAGUCGAUCAACCUGAGAUUGCGAGUCGAGGUGAGGAAUCAGAGGCAGGCAGUUCUGACACGUUUGGACGGAAGUUCCAGAUUCGCUCGCAGGAAAGGAAACGUGCACACAUCGAUCAAUGGAUACGGCCCGUGCCGGGUGUGUACUCGAACCAGAAUGGCUCUCCAAGGCAGAAGAAGCGGUCCAAUGACUCGAUGGAUCCCCGCCAGAGGGUACGAAUGGAUGGUUUGUUCGGAGGCUCAAGGCUUCCACCUACUCCGGAUACAAUGAGUACCGCACCGCGUAACAACCGGUCGAAUGGUAGUAUCCAAGCAGCCAAAGGCCGGAAGCAAUAUCCUGGCCGGCCCCGUUCCUUUGAUGAAUUGACAUCGCGCCGAAGCUCGGACAACAGUGCGCGGACUGGUAGCAUGGGCACUAAUAUGAGUGACACUUCAACUCGUGAGAUGCAGGGCAUUGAAAGACAUGAAACACCUGCGAUAGCUCCAUUGAAUUCCAUCUCAACAAAACAUCGUCGCCACGCGUCUUGCCAGGAAUCUACUACUUCAUGGGAUGGCACAGAACACCACGGUGAGAGCGAUAGCAAGAGCAAGCGACACACAGUAAACCUCCCGUCUUCCUCUCCACAGUUGACUCCACAGGAUUGGGUUGAGGCGGCCAACUCCAUUCCUGAAGAAAAGACAGGCUAUCACAAGCCCGGCAAAUACUACCAGAACAGUGUGUCGAUGGGUGCUAGACAUCCAGGCAAAGCAAGUAUCGAUGUACGACGGCAUAGCAUGGAUUCCGCCAUCCGUCGGUCUACCAAAGAGCCCACCUUAGAUCCUCAUUCUCUUGAAUUUGCACCUCAUCCUGCAGUGCGACCACCAGCGCCUGUACCAGAACCUACACGACGGCGAAUCAGUUUCCGGCCGCCGUUCUUUAGCCGCUUUGGAAACUCUCGUCGUCUGCAACAAUCUGCUACCGAGGACUCUAGGAGUAGCGAGGAGCACGCACCAGCUCCUGUUGUACCAAAAGCCCGUAACUCGGGGAUGAAGUCAACACCCAAGCUUCUUGAAUACCGGCCGGCUUCCAGCCGCGCAGAACUAAGCCCUGCGAUCCCGACAUACGCGGACCCUGCCCAGCGGGCUCUUGUUCACUCUUCUACAGAAUCAAACAUGCUCUCCAACGGCACUCGGCCUAUCACCUCCAAUAGCAAGGAGCACAAACGCCGCAGCUCCCUUUCAAUAAUCGGCUGGAUGAAGGGGGCAACCAGCAAGAAGUCGGAACCUAGUUCCCCAAUCACACCCACACAGUCCAACAAUGCAAUGAGAAGCAGGAGAUCAUCAUUACGAAUGACUCCUGACAUACCAGGCACUGCCAAGGAUACGGCAGCAAACAACAGUACCCAGGCUUUCGCCGGCAGUCCCAAUCCCGACGAAGCGGGACGCCGAUUGAGAUACAUCGAACGGCGCGGUCAUCGAGAUUCACUGAGGUGA